CUCGUACAUCGCGGCUCGUGCAGCGCCAGAUUAAACUACUGAGUUAGUUUAACAGGCUGCUGGGAUAUUUAUUUUUUUAUUAUUAUUAUUAUUUUAAACAGAAGAACUCCUGAAAACGGAUACACGCGGAUUUUCUGAAAGCUCUAUUUUGUUGUUAGUUUGUUUCCUCUCUCCCGGGAUAUCAGAGUUCGGCUGUCAAGUAUGGCUGAUCCGGCUGAACUGCUACUCAUCAAGGACCAGUAUGAGUUGGCGUUUCAUUCCCUGAGUCGUGGUCUUGCAGCUGAAGAGGCUGAGAAAAGAGCCGAGGCCUUGGUGUAUUACAAGAAGGGUCGAAUGCACCUUACUCAGGGGUUGGAGGUUCCGACCGGGGGCGAGAGGCAUAAGGGACCGUCCUGGGACACGGCUAGGCAGCUUCAGCAGAAGAUGAGGGACACUUUGAGGACCGUCACCACCCACCUUUCUGAUCUGGAAAGGUCUCAGCCGACAACGGGAGAACAGAGGGGUUUAUUGUUGAGGGACCUUCCCCCAAAUCUUUAUCCAAAUUUGACAGUUGACACUCAGCCGCCACACAGCACCCUCCAUCAUCUCUACCCCACCAUACCUGCUGCCCCCCAGAACACAACCCCAGCCCCCAACGCAGCCCCUGUCAGUCCUGCUGCUCCCGCUUUUCCGGACACACACACACUCCCUGCAGCAGCCCCAGCGACUUUAGCCAUGGCCGACUCAGGGGAGCAGCCUCCAGUGUACACCCCACAGCCCACAGACGGCCACCGCAGCCUGGCUUAUGGUCCGGCUGGAGCAGCGGCGGCGAGAGACGGGACCCUGUUGCUUUUCAUCCCCUCUGGGGUGCAGCUGUUCUUCGUGGCACCGAGUGGACAAGUCAGCUCGCUGUCCAACCCAGGCUACCUUCGCUUAAUAGCGCUGAAUGGUCAGCACAAGGAUUCCACACCGGGAAGACCCUCAGCAUUUUUACAUGUGUGUGACUGGCUGUACCCUUUGACAGCUGACACCCCGGUGCUGCUGGCUAACUCCGGGAUCUUCAUGUUCCCUGACUCCUUGGCAGAGGCACCAGGCUCCUACGCAGGGAUAGUGCUGUCCUCCGAACUGCCUCCUGCUACCCGAGAGACGUUUCAGGACGUAAUAUCGCAGCUUACUGAACUUAGGAUCCAGGGUCCAGACGGGUCAGAGUCAGAUGCCAUCAACUUAAGUACAAAAAUUCCCCUUGGUCCUUUAAAUGAGCAAACUGGAUUGACUUUGGCAACAGACGAUAAGGAAAAACUACUACUUCCUGGAUGGAGUGAGAAGAUGGCGCAAGGAAUCUUGUCAGGAGCUGUGCGACUGAGUCAGUCGUUUGCCAAGGGAGCAGAGGCCACUGGCCGGGUCAUUCACAAAGGAGCAGCAAAGAUCCGGGACCACAUCACGCCUGAGGAAACUCCUUCAGACGUCAACCCCCGUGUCACCAAAGGUCUGCAGGCGGCUAAACAGGCCACGGGGGGUGCUGUUCGAGUCACCCAGUAUUUGGUGAAUGGAGUGAGCACGGUGGCGGGACAUGUUGCAGAUAAGGUGGCGCCCCAUGUGAAGAAACAUGGCGCUAAGCUGGUCCCAGAGUCUAUGAAGAAGAGCCAAGAUGGCCAAGCUUCCAACUUCGAAGGUGCCAAGUUUGUAGCUGCUAGCAGUAUACAAGGCUUCUCCACAGUUUGGUCUAGUCUGGAGACUGGAGCCAAGCUUGUUGGUAAAAGUGUGUGUUCAGAGACUGUCACAACGGUGAAGUACAAGUACGGUGAUGAUGCAAGCCAAGCCACAGACACCGCUCUCCAGUCAGUGGUCAACAUCGGCGUGGCUGCGUACAACUUUGACAAUCUGGGAAUUAAGGCCUUCUUCAAGACAACAGGCAAGCAGACAGCCAAGACCUUGUGCAAAAGCAAAGAUGGACAGCCAGCAGAAACUGAAGGAGGGACGGAGGCGCAGAAACGAGAACAUCAAACAAAGGCUGAGGGGAAGGAUGUGCAGGCAAAAGAGGAGGAAGAAAAGAAAAAAUAGAUUUGUAUCAAAUUAUAUGCUUUUCUUUGAACCCUUUCAACUUAAUAGGCCAUUUCCUCUUAAUACAACAAAAUAAGCCAUUCACUUUUCUGUUGUUUUCAUUUUUAGUUUCUGUUAUUUAUAGCACAAUGUUUCCUUUACAUUUUUUUUGUUACAAUUGUAUACACUAUUUGUUUUUGUGUUUAUUGUAAUGUUUGUCAUUAUAUGUAUUCUAAAUGUAUAUCACAAAAGUAAUAUAUAUACCAGUACAGCGGUUAAAGCUAUAGUCCUAGACUUACAUUUGAGAACCAAGAUAAAUAUGUAUAGCAAUGUAAAACAUUUUAACUAGGCUCUCUAACUAUUAAUUGAAGGGUUGUUUUAUAUGUGAGGUUUACAAAGGCUUUUUGGAGGAAGGAAGAAGAAAGUAUCAUGAAUAUACAAUGCUACUCUGUCUGGUGAGUGUGUGCGUUUACUGUAGGUUCUGAUUUGCCAAGUAUGCUGUUUCCUUUUAGUAAUUUGAAAUGCUUUAAGUGUAGCAAUAAAUCAUGUGCCACUUGCACACCAUUAACUUUGAAUGCAGAAAAUUAGGAACUCGGCAGAGGGAGUUAAUUUUCAGGCACUAUUAAGUAUGAAAUGACCUUCAUUCGAUUGCUGCCUAAAAUUACAUAAAAGACCUGUUGGUAAAGAAGAUGCAACAUACAGAGUCAUUACUGUCAUUUCUAACUACGGACUUUAUUUGCAAUCUACUAUUAAAUGUAGGCCAUUAUUUUUAAAGUAGUGUGAAGAUGGCAUGUCUAUAUGUAUAUAUAUUGCGUUGCUCUUUUCUGAAAAAUUAAAUUUUGGCCUUCGUGGCUCUCCCUAC